GACCCAAAACGACGCUUGCCUGUUCGGACUCGGGGCUAACGCGAAUUCAAUCCAAAUUCAACUUGCGCCCGUUCUCCGUUGAAAUCGCCGCAUCGACCUGCUUUUGAGGACACACUGCCCGCAGGCCAGCUAAUUACUGCUGUGAGACUCUCGUUGCAUACCAGAGCGCUCAGUUACGGCACCAUACAUUGGCCGCAAAAGCAUCAACACGUCUUCGAAAACUGAAAAGCGCACGAUGACCACCAAACCCGACCACUCUCAGUACUCUUUCGCCGCGCAUGGUCGGCCAGGAGUGGACGAUGUCCCGGAGUCGAAGCUUGGCUUUCUGCGAGCCUACGAAGGUCUUAGAGGGAACACAUCGGUCGCAGUUGAUGACGCCACUCUAAAGCAGAGGGUGGCGCUUACACUCGAGCUGACUUACGACGAGCUGCACGUGUUCAAGUGCAUCCAGAGCAUGAUGUUCCUGGAACCGCGAAUAACACAGCACUCCGCGUACCCUGCCAUACUUUCCGGUCUCCGUGAAUCUUCCGAUGCCAGCGGUCGAAAGCCCCGCUUGCUCGACGUGGGUUGUUGCUACGGGACGGACGUUCGUUCUUUCCUUUUGGAAGGCGUUUCCGCAAGCCAACUCACCGUUACCGAUCUCGAUCCCGGUUACUGGCGCGUCGGCCAGAAAGCGUUGUUCGUCGACGAACAAAACGUCAAAGAUGUGGCAACCACAUGGGGCGAUCUAUCCCUCGGGGUCGAAUCCAUCUCUGCGCCUCCUCCCGAAGGUUUACCGUCAUGGAAGUCGUCGCACAAGUACGUCGCGGCAUCCGCUGUGAUCCACACUCUUUCGAAAACGCAGGGUACAGGUCUGAUCAGGACUGUGUACGAUAUUCUCGAAACUGGUGGUUUGUUUGUGGGCACCACUGGGGCAUCCACUCAGGAAGGGGCGUGGCACAACGGCGGUCGAUGGCUCCAUGACGAGAAGAGCCUCGCUAGGGAGUUCGAGGCAGCUGGCUUCAAGAACAUUGUCUUGAAGCAACGGGAACGCUUUGGGGAGGACCAGCCUCAGACUGCGAACGCAGAGGAAGCCGCCAAACCUGUGGACGAUCGCGUGCGAGUCUUCAUCGAAUUCUCCGCAUCGAAGUAAGGAGAGACAUAGGACAUUGACUGAACUUUCGACCAUGUCUAUAUCAGGCAACUGGCGUAGUAGAUAGGUCGGAGGUCAAAGGAACUAAGCACAUGGACCAAUCGGAAUAGCAUCUUCAUAAGCUCGCAUGAAGUUGAGGUUGAACUUCGACGCGUGCGCAACGCGUUCGUCUGCUUUCUUUUGAGAACAUUCCAUUUUUCAAGGUUAGGGCAAGCGGGCUUUUCAUUGCCAGGUACCCCGACCGUCGAAGGCAUGCGGUGUCUCCAAUUGGGCGCUGAACUGAAAAGUCCCGGGUUGUUGCACCAAUUUCGGCGGCAAAGUUUUGAAUAUGUUCUUUCGGGAUGAGGUGCGGAGGUAUGCGAAAAGUAACACAAAAGCCGAGAAAGCCCGUAGAGCGUAAGCACAGGAUGGAGAGCAAAAUCUUGCGCCGAAGAAGCAGCCGAUGGUGGGCCCAAUGCAUUCAU